GUUGGAUGCCCCUCCUCCCUCGUAUUCCCCACGAUCUCUGCCACUUUUCUCUGAACACGACUUCGCGGUCUAUAAAGAGGAGUAUUGUCCUCGUUUGAAAACAACAUGGCAGAUAACUUAGUGGCCCUAUCUGGAGGAAGAGACAGCGGAGUUGUGAUCAAGGAUGACUGGCCAGGAUACAAUUUAGAUUUGUUCAGUUAUCCUGAGCACUAUUCUAUGGAUUUGGAAUGUGUCUACAUUCCACAUGGUGUGAUUAUGGACAGGACAGAGCGCCUUGCCAGGAACAUAAUGGAGGACCUGGGGGAUCAUGCUAUUGUGGUGUUAUGUGUGCUGAAGGGAGGCUACCAAUUCUGUGCUGAUUUGGUAGAGAAGAUCAAAGCCUUGAGCCGCAACUCUGACCACACCCUCCCCAUGAGGGUCAACUUCAUCCGCCUCAAGAGCUAUAUGAAUGACCAGUCAACAGAGGAUCUCCACAUCGUGGGGGUGGAAGACCUGACCUUCCUCAGUGGAAAGAACGUCUUGAUAGUGGAGGCCAUUGUAGACACAGGGAAGACAAUGAAGACUCUCCUUAAACAUGUGGAGGCCUUCAGGCCUAAGAUGAUCAAAGUAGCAGGACUGCUGGUGAAGAGAGUUCUAAACGGAGCAGGAUGUGUCCCUGACUAUGUUGGUUUUGAGAUACCCAGUCGCUUUGUAGUUGGCUAUGCCCUAGACUACAAUGAGUAUUUCAGAGACCUCAAUCAUAUCUGUGUACUGAGUGAAAGGGGAAAACUGAAGUACAAAGUUUAAAAGGAGAGCUGCUGUGUAGGCAAACUGAUGAGGCACAGGAAAUGUUGUGCCACAAAAACCUUGGACAGGCUUCCCAUGAGUGGUCAGUGACACAAAUGUUAGGAGACUGAUUAAUAAGGAGAGCCACCUCCUGUUCCUUCACUACAUUCAUUGAGACAUUCCUCAGAAUCCACUCCCUAUUAAAUAUAUUACGUAAGAAACCAAGUGCAGUGAUUUGUUUUUUGAACUGUGAAAUGUUUGUUCCAUAUUCUUACCUGUUCAGAAUUGCUAAAUGUUGACAUUGCGUAGAAAAUAACCAUUGAAACUGCCUUUCCAUUCAUUGCCUUCUAUUUAUUUUCUUGUGCAUCUUUUAACUAACCGUGUUCUUAUUCUGACAGCAGACCCAUGUGGGACAAUAUUCUUCAUCUUGAAAUAUAUUGAGAAAAAGGUUUAUUGACAUACAUUGGCUUAAUUAGAGUAAUGAGUGAAGGGUGUUUGCUUCAACUACAGAGUUUGACUCCAUGCUUUGUGUGAAACAGAAACAUUCAGCUUUGGAUGAAAGGGAUUGCACUGUUGUGGUAUUUGGAGGUUCUGAUUGAAAAAGACCUUUCCAUUUUUGUUGUCCAUGUGUAUUCCUGUAAUCUUUACUGUUCUACUUGGAUCAGGGCCACAGGAAAAAAGAUUUAAAGUUUAAGGUCAGAGUAUAUGUGUGAAAAACACUUACAAUUUACGGUGUAUGUUUUGGUGCCUGAAAGACGUACACUAAACAAACUAAUGUCUAUCAUUUUUGGGUGUAUGUUUGAAAUAAAUAACGGUAAUGUAAUAAAAUCGUAUUAGUUCUGAUUGUCUACACUUAAUGUU